UCUGAAAUCAAGAUGAACUUCUGCUCUUCUGUCAUUGUAUUUGUGGCAGUUCUGAGUAUUACUGAGGGAAUGAGUUUGACGGGCGUAGGAGCUGACCCUCGCUGUCGCUGCAUUGAGACUGAAAGCAGGUUUAUGGGUAAACUCAUUGAGAAAGUGGAGCUGUUCCCUCCAAGCCCACACUGUAAAGACACAGAGAUCAUUGCCACUCUGAAGCACAGUGGUGACAAGAUUUGUUUGGAUACCACUGCCCCCUGGGUUAAGAAGGUCAUUGAUAAGAUCCUUGCCAACAAGAAGCCUUGAGCUCAUGCCAGACAGCUGGAAGGAUCACAUCAGGUCUGCUGCCAAAAACUGUGACCUCGCUCUGGAGUGUAAGGGAACGGAGAAGAUCUCAGGAUUGUCUUUGGAGGCUGUUGUUUUAAAGACACUGUCACCAGAGAUUUUUAUCAACAAAUGAGAACCACAACAAAUACAGCA